AUGUGGCUCUGCUGCCAGCAAACUGCAAGGAAUGCCAUCGGCUGCACGGAGUACCAGCGCAUGAGCAGAGCUGGUAACACAGCUGUCCCAAAUAACUUACCGCCACCUCCGCAGAGCCCCCUGCCAAGCCCCCCUCUGCCGCCACUGCCCCCUUCACCCCCCGCAUCUCCACUUCUGCCAUCGUCCCCAUCCCCGAUGGACCCACUUCAUCAAAUGACCCAAUCGGUCGCCCCCAACCUGCCACCCGCCACUCCGCAUCCUCCAUCGGGCCCCACGCUGGCGGCAAAUGAAUCCCGCACAGCGACGGAGGCAGCGGCGGCGGCAGCGGGAGACGAAGAAUCGUCAAUGUGGGUGGAGGCUCUGUACAACCUGACGGUCACCGAGAGCCAGGAUCUGUCGCUGGUGGCUGGGCAGGAGUAUCGCGUGCUGGACCACUCGGACGAGUACUGGUGGAAGGCCAGGGACAAGCAAGGGAGGGAAGGCUUCAUACCGAGCAACUACGUGAUGGAGAAGACAUUCAAGGGACUGGAGGCAUACGAGUGGUACUCAAAGGACAUCUCCCGCUCCAUGGCCGAACAGCUGCUCAAGGAAGAGGGAAAAGAAGGAGGAUUUGUCGUAAGAGACUCAAGCCAUGCCGGAGUUUACACCGUGUCCAUAUACACCAACAGUUUGGGUGACACUGGCGUUGUGAAGCACUAUCAGAUCAAGGAAGUGUGUGAACCACAGAGGAUGUACUACGUUGCUGAAAACCACCUCUUUGAAAACAUCCCGAGUCUCAUCCACUAUCACCAGCACAACUCGGCAGGGCUGGUGGCGCGGCUGAAACAUUCGGCGUUGACACGGGCCAGGACGGCUUCUUUCUCCUCAGGCCAGAGCAGUCAAUGGGAGAUCGAUCCGAGUGAGCUGAGCCUCCUGCAGGAGCUGGGGAGUGGGCAGUUUGGCGUGGUGCGUCUGGGCGUGUGGAAGCGCGUACGAGGCAACGUGGCCAUCAAGAUGCUGCACGAGGCCACCAUGUCCGAAGACGACUUCGUUGAGGAGGCAAAGACCAUGAUGAGGCUGUGGCACCCCAAGCUCGUGCACUUCUACGGGGUGAGCUGCCGCAAGAGGCCCUUCCUGCUCGUCACCGAGUACAUGGAGGCCGGCAACCUGGAGAGCUUCGUGCGGGAGCGGCGCGGCGCCAACUCGGCCUCGCAGCUCCUGCAGAUGUGCGCGGAUGUGUGCGAGGCCAUGGCCUACCUGGAGAGGGAGAGCUUCCUGCACAGGGACCUGGCCGCUCGGAACUGCCUGGUGAACGCACAGGGGACGGUGAAAGUGUCCGACUUCGGCAUGAGCAGGUACGUGCUGGACGAUCAGUACACCAGUUCCUCUGGCACCAAGUUCCCCGUGCGCUGGUCACCUCCCGAGGUCUUCCUCAACAACAAGUUCAGCAGCAAGUCGGACGUGUGGGCCUUCGGGAUACUCAUGUGGGAGGUGUUCUCGGAGGGGAUGCUUCCGUACGAUCCGUGGAGCAACAGUAACGUUGUGGAGCAGGUGCAGGCCGGGUACCGUCUCUACCGGCCCGAGCGUGCAACCCAGCCUGUGCACCUUAUCAUGCACAGCUGCUGGCACGAGAGACCUGAAGAACGCCCUUCGUUUCAAAGUCUUCUGGAGUCCAUUCAGCACCAGCUUAAGUGAUAAGGGGUUGUGAUUUAUGGCAUACAGCAGUUUUUACUGCAAGAGUUAAAACAUUAAAGACAGUGGAUGUAUUGUAUUCAUGGUGACAUCAAUCACUAUAGCCAUGAUGAUGUCACGAUUUUUUUUAUUAUUGUAUUCAAUUGGCCUGUAAAUUACUUACAAGGAAUUAACACAGGAGUUAGCGAGUGCCAAUGGGAAUUAGAAUAUCGAACAUCUACUCGAUGCGAGCUCAUAUAGAGGGUCACCUAUGCUGACCGUACAGAGAAAAGGAAUCAAAACACUUACCAUUGUGUCUACACGAAGCAUUGCAUCGCGUUCCAUGUGUGGUACGUCUAACCUGUUUUUUUAUUGUAAAUAUUCUUGAAUAUCACUGCUCUGUAAAAGUUACAAUAUAUUUAAUAAAAUAAUUCUCAAAAACAUGUA